AUGGGACCAGCACGGACCAAACGCAAGAACCUGCAGAAGCGUCGCAAGCGACGGCUAUUUGCUGCCAUCGCUGCCGAGAUACAGGCGAGUGAAGAGGCUCAAAGAACACCAGAACAAGAUGAGCUUGAACAAAUGCGGAACGAGGAGGAACGCCAACGAACCCACGAGCAGUGGCAAAAAGAGGUGGAGAAAUCAAAUGGCGCUUUCAACAAGAAGAGGAAGAUCUUAGCACAACGACAGCAGCUGAUUAUCUCACUACGACAGCAAAUGCAGCAGGUAGCUGAGCAAUAA